UAUGUUGGUAUAAAUAUCCACACCUCCAGCAAACAAACUAGUUGACAAUAGGACAAUAAUACCAAUCAUCGAAAAUGGAAUUUUGAGUGUCACUGCAGAAUUUGAUAGAUGCGCUGUCAUAGCACUACAGCCGCUCUUUUUAUAGCCCGGUGGGAAGGGCUGCGGGGCGCAGUCCCUAACAAUUAGGUGCCAUCUUUGUUAGGGGCAGGUGAGUAAGAGCAAGACUGAUGCCAAAGAGCUGUGCUGCCUACAACUGCACAAACCGCUAUAGCAACACGAAGGGCAAGCUCACGUUUCACAGAUUUCCUCUGAGCAAGCCACACAUUCUAAAGGAAUGGCUGGACAACAUAGGUCGGGAGAACUUCCAGCCGAACCAACACAUGGUUCUUUGCUCCGAGCACUUCACACCCGAUUGUUUUAGCGGGUUUGGCAAUCGCAAAAAUCUUAUCUGGAACGCAGUACCAACUAUUUUCAGCUUCACACAAGACAACACUAAGAAGAGGCGAUCAAGUAAAAGACUGAGGUGCAUGGAGGAAGAUAUCCAGCCAGUUGUUCUCCCCAUAGAUGAAGUGGGCGCAAAAGAUGGUCUACAGAUACCACAUCCAGAGGCUAAACCAGAAGUAGUUUUGAAGUGCCAGGGUGAAGAAUUGAACCAAGAUCUGCACCCAGUUUCCCAAACACAGGAGCUUCCUGAGUCACAGCCUUUUGACCACAGCUAUGCUAUCAUCGAUGUGCGAGAUAUGAAAGAGCGGUUAUUUGCUUCUCUUGAAAUCAAUGAGAAACUGCACAAGAUGGUUAAGUUCAAGUCAGAAGUGAUCCGUCGCAUGAAGCUCAAGUUGAACUAUGCACAUCAGCAACUGGAGCGUCUUGAGGCUGCUCAUAGACGGGCAGAAUGCUCAGGAAGCUGGAGAGAGGGUGUAAGGCACACUAUAGACUGUCCUCCUGAGAAAGGCAACAUCAGGGCUUCAGGCUGCUGUGCUCUUCAGGUUCAUGAAAAACCUGGACUGUGAACCAUAAGCCACAAACAACCUGGAAAGUUUCUGUAAUAAGACUAUAUGGACUUCAACCAGUUAGCUGUGCAUCUUCCUAAAUAAAACUUUUACAUUCUUAAGCAGAAUAAGAGUUGAAGCAAUGAUGAAUCAUACAACGUUAAGGGUGCAUCACUGCUUUGUAUUUCCCUUAUAAUGUACACAUUGACAAAUAGAACAGGGUACUCCAGGUUCACCAACUUUUCCCAAAUGUGCCCUGGUGCCUGGAAGGCAAGAAUGUUAAUGCAAUGCUGAAGUGUCCUCCUUUCUUUGCAGCUAGAGUUGCUUGCAUCAUUUGUGGGACUGAGGGUACUCUCCAGUUAAGUACAGAACUAAAUGUAGGAAUGGUGCACAGAAAUCUUAAAAAUGGGUGCUGUCAUGAUAUGCCUGCCCAGAUGAGUCAUUCCACUCUCCUUAAUCAAGGCACCACUUUCCAAUUUGGGUAUCUACUACUUUUCUUACUUUGUGUGCUUUUUUUAAAAAACAAAGUGCACUUUAAAUAUAUUGGGGGAUGUGAAAGUGCAUUAAAACAUGCCCAUCUUUAAA